AUGGCUAAGGCUAUCGUUACUAAUGUCGCUAAGGGAAUACUAACAAAUCUGAUUCCACAGAUUAUUGAGCAGAUUGGCCUUGCUUGGGGCUUCAAGGAUGAGCUGAAAUGGCUUCGUGACUCAGUACAGAUGAUUCAAGCUGUGCUGGCUAAUGCAGAGAAAAGGCAAGUGGGAGAAGAGUGCGUGAGGCUUUGGCUGCAGAGGCUUAAAGAUGUUGCUUAUGAAGCUGAUGACGUGUUAACUGAGCUUGCUUAUGAGGAUCAUCGGCAAAAGGUAGAGAUCCAAAACCAAAUGAAGUGCAUGGUAUGGUUCUUUUCAAUUUUAAAUAGCAUUGCAUUCCAUUUUAAGAUGGCCAACAAAGUUAAGACUAUUGUUGAUUCACUAAAAAGGAUUAAUGCUGAAGCAAAUGGAUUUGGACUUAGAGUCGAAUCAAUAAAUGCUAAUCUUGAUACUAUGCUAAACCAAGAGACAAACAACUUUAUUGAUAAUUCAGAAGUUGUAGGAAGGGAAGACAGUGUUUCAGAAAUAGUGGAGUUAGUAACAAAUACAACUAGUGAAAAACUCUCAAUCAUUCCCAGAGUUGGAAUGGCAGGUUUGGGGAAAACAACUUUAGCAAAAUUGGUCUACAAUAAUGAGUUAGUAAAGAGUUAUUUCAAUAAGAAAAUAUGGGAUGUGGAAAAGGAUGAUUAUAAUAAUGUUAAGAGUUGUAAGAUGCAUGAUUUGGUACAUGAUCUUGCCCUCUCAAUUUCAAAUUUUGAAACUUUGAUUUUGGAGAAAGAUUCACAGGAUAAUAUCAAUCAUGUACAGGAUGACAUCAAUUAUGUAUGGCGUUUAUUAAUCCAAUAUGAUGGGGAAAUAGUACCAAAAAUUCCACUUUCAAAUGACCGUGUUCGGAGAAUGCGAACACUUGUUUUAGAAAAUGCUAUGUCUGGAAACAUAUUUUCAGGUUUUAAAUGCUUGCGUGUUCUAAAAUUAUCUGGGCAUCAGAUAACAGAGUUAUCAGACUCAAUUGGUUGCUUGGUACACUUGAGGCUUCUCCACAUCUCAAAGACUAAAAUCAAAGCAUUACCAAACUCCAUCACCAAGCUCUACAAUUUGCAAACUUUAAGACUUGAAGGCUGUAAUGAUCUUAAAGAGCUUCCAAAAGAUCUAAAAAUAUUGGAUAACUUGAGGCAUAUUUAUGUCAAUAUUUAUUUUCUUAACAUCAAGCGAUUACUGAAAUAUAUGGGGAAUUUGAAAUGUCUACAAACGUUGUCAUUUUUCCCGGUGGGUCAAGAUGUAGGUGAGCAGAUUAAGGAAUUGGGGUGCUUGAAUCAACUUAGUGGAGAAUUAGACAUUUGGAAUCUAGAGAAUGUGAGAGAUCAAGAAGAAGCUAGAAGUGCAAAUUUAGCAAUAAGGGCGAAAAUGAACCAGUUAAGAUUUCACUGGAGUCUUAGUCCAAAUAAAGCAGUCAACCAUUGUAAUGAUGAAGAAGUGUUCAAAGGCCUCCGCCCUCAUCAAAAUUUGAAAUCCAUAACAAUUGAUGGCUUUGGUGGAAAGAAAUUCCCAUCAUGGAUGUCGCUUUUUGACAAUUUGAUCCAGAUAAAUUUAAUUUGA